UGGAGAUUGAGUUGGUGUAUUUACAAAAUAUUGAAAUUGUCUAAAAACAAUGGUUACAAGAGACAUUAAUGUCAGAUUAAACAUCGAAGAACGAGUCAAAGAACGCUUAUGCUUUAAGAAGCCCACGAUGGCUCAGAUGAAAAGACUGGCCAUUCCCGCAUAUCCUUUCGUUGAACCCCUAUCUAAGUUGCAAGAAUUUCAAGAAUAUAGUAAGACUGAAUCAGUUCACAAAAGAGCACGAGAAGGGCUUGCUGAUAAGGGAUCUGAUCUUUCAACUAAAGGUGAAAAAAUUCGUAGGCUUAUGCCUUUUGCGAAGGAGCAUCAAGCGAAACGUGUCAUGCCUCAGCUUACAGAAAGCCCUCUUUCAUCAGAACUUGACCUGCCAUUAAUAAUUCCUGACAGAGACAGUGAACUCGGGCGAAAUAGUAUACUGAGGUCCCAUCCGUUUGGACCACAUCCUGGAAUAUGUGCAGCCUCCGAGCUGCUGGAUG